AUGUCAUACGAUGGUGAGUGUGCGACUCUGAAGUUCGCUUUCGUGUCAGUCGCGGACGAAGGUGUCUACACUUGUGAAGCAAAGAAUGAGUGUGGAGAGACUAAAGCUCAGGUUUGUCUUGAAAUCGAUCCUGGAGAGUCGUUGUCAGCUGACGGCAUCCCGCCAUUGUUCAGGUUAGCGCAUUCUUUUCUGUACUAG